AUGGGAUCGUCAACCACAGCAACGUCAGCAGCAUCAUCUUCUUCCUCUGGAACGGACCGACGACCUACUGUUGUGGGCGGAAAAUACCGAAAACAAAAUGUCCAAGCUCUGGCAUUAUCAUUGUGGAAGAGCAAUGUCUUAUUCACGAUUCGCGACCGAUACCAAAACCGAUUGUUCUAUCAAGUAUUCGAAAUGAUUCGAAGGGAUAGGGAUGGUAACGAGGCAUCGCACAGUACUAUCAAAACGGUCGUCACUUCCUUGGUCCAAGCCAAUGCUUUUACAGAUCAACCGCUGCAACUCUAUAUCGAGGAAUUUGAACGGCCGUAUUUGGUACACACCAAACGAUACUUUGAAGCGGAAGCGGCACGGGAAAUGGCCAUGGGCAACAUAGGCAUAUUUAUGACACGGGCCAUGGAAAGAUUACAGCAAGAGAUUUUGAGAAACAAUAGAUAUUGUCACUCUACUUCGCAUCGGCGAGUUGUGAAAGAGUUUGAAGCACAGUAUAUUGCGGCAUACCAGGAUCGAAUUGUGGAACAGUUUCGAAGCAUGUUACUCGAGGAGCGGUUCAAAGACUGUACGAUGGCGUAUAAUCUUUUGACGCGGAUACCGGAUGGUUUGAAAUCAAUUCUAUCUAUUUAUGAAGAUUACGUGGCUCGACUGGGCAAAGAUAUUUUGGCCAAGCUCGGCCAUAGCAUUCCAAAGAUUCCAAAAGCAUAUGUAGAUCAAUUGUUGAGCUUGCACAGCAAGUAUUACAGUGUGAAUAGCCAAGUGUUUGCCUCAGACCCUUUGUUUACUGCUGCCGUGGACAAGGCCUUCCGUACUGUCGUAAAUGAUACUCAAACCAAUCCAAGUGCCAGUGGUCCGGAAACACUUGCUCGUUACUGUGACAUGAUGAUGCGAAAAAAUGCGGGUAAAAAAGAUGUAUCUGCUGCUGUUGUUUCUUCGUCCCUGGAUCCUACGACUACUACAACCACGAAUAGUAACAAGAAGAAGGCCAAUUUGCGACGAUUUGAUGCAGAGGAUCCCACGGACCCGGAAGAAAAGCUCAUGAAGAUGAUCGCACUGUUCAAGUAUGUCGAAGACAAGGACAUCUUUCAAAAAUUCUAUUCAAGGAUGUUGGCCAAGCGAUUGAUUUAUAGCACAUCAUCUUCAGAAGAGUUAGAAAUGAAUAUGAUCAACCGCUUGAAGGAAAUAUGCGGAGUGGAAUACACUAGUAAACUGAACAAGAUGUUUACGGACAUGUCAUUGAGUAACGAUUUAAAUAUUACCUUCCGAGAGUAUCUCAAGCAAAACGCAUCGAAACUAAAUGUUGGAUUCGACAUCCAAGUCUUGACAGCUGGAGCUUGGCCACUGAACCAAAAAGACGAUGGAAAGGCGACCGAGGCCAACAAGAUCCAUAUUCCUGCCGAACUAGAAAAAAGCGUAUCGCACUUUGAAGCGUUUUAUGGACAGCAUCAUAGCGGUCGCAAGUUACUGUGGCAAUGGAAUCUGGCCAGAGGCGAAUUGCGACUCACGUAUUUGGACCGGCCGUAUGAAAUCCAGAUGGGCCUUUUCCAGAUGGUGCUUCUGCUCUUGUUUAAUGCUCAAGCGACUCUGUCUGUAGCUGACAUGACACAUCAAUCGGGCCUCUCUGAGCUAGAUACACUUCGAAGCAUCAAGCCACUCAUGGAUUUAAAACUGCUUGAACCAUCCGACAAUGAGUACAACAGCAACACACACCUCUCACUCAACUUGGCAUUCACGAGCAAACGAACCAAAAUAAAGGUAGCUGCAGCUGCACAGACUGAACAGCAAGAAAGCCAGACAGCAAGAAAAGCAGUGGAUGAAGACCGACGCAUGUAUCUGCAAGCAGCCAUUGUGCGUAUCAUGAAGUCCAGAAAAGCUUUGACCCAUGUCCAGUUGGUGCAGGAGAUUAUUGAUCAAACACGGUCGCGAUUCAAUCCUUCGGUGAUCUUGAUUAAAAAGUGUAUUGAGCAAUUGAUUGAAAAACAGUUCAUUGCUCGAGAAGAACGUGACACAUAUACCUACGUUGCAUAA